UUUCACAAAUAUAUUGAAUUCGAUGACUCACAAUCAAAUUGAACAUCAUCGCAAACAUUUUACUUCUCAUUGGCCCAUCGAUUCUGUUCAUAUUGCAUUACAGAAAGGAGAUGUGUUUAAAUCAAUGUUCCGAGUUAAUGCUCAUAAUCGAGUUGAGGCUUAUUGUAAAGUUGAUGGAUUGCCUGUUGAUGUUCUUAUCUAUGGUUUUCAAUCCCAAAAUCGAGCUGUAGAAGGAGACAUCGUUGCAAUACAAGUUGACCCUGUUUCAUCUUGGCCAAAGAUGAAAGGGUCAGUAGAGCCUUCUCGUCUUCCAGCCAUUGAAAAUAAUGUAAAUGGUAGUUCUCGAGGCGAGAAUGUUGGUCAAGAGCUCCCUGAAAGUAGUAGCUAUAUUGAUGGAGAUAACCACCCAAUAGCUUUUUCUUCUGGUGAAAAAAUAUCCCCAACAAAACGUCCAUCGGGUAGAGUGGUGGCUAUAGUUGAAAUGUCUCCUCGCAGGAAAACUAUUGUUGGUUUCCUUAGAAUAAAGCAGUGGUUGUUUAACAAAGAAACUUACAAGAAAGAUAACAAGAAGAAUAAACUUUUGUUAUUAUCUCCUAAGCGUGACUACAUCCAUCUAGAAGCCACUGAUCCGAAAUUUCCCAAAAUGAUGGUUCAUGUAAAGACCUUGCCUAACGCCAUCAUGAAAAGAUUGGAAGACAGUGACAUAACUCUUGAAAUGGAACUCAUUGCUGCCGAGAUUAUUGAAUGGAGUGAAGAGUACGAUAGUCCGUUAGCUCAUCUUCUUCACAUUUUUGGAAGAGGUGGGGAGGUUGAACCACAAAUUUCUGCUAUUUUAUUUCAAAAUGAAAUUAAUUCUUCUGACUUCCAUCCUGAUGCAAUUGCAUGUAUUCCUCGUAUUCCUUGGAGUAUACCUGAAGAAGAAUUCCUCCAUAGAAGAGAUUUAAGAAAACUUUGCAUGUUUACGAUAGACCCUGCCACUGCAUCUGAUCUUGAUGAUGCGUUGUCUGUUGAUAGGCUGCCAAAUGGUAACUACAGAGUAGGUGUUCACAUAGCAGAUGUAUCAUAUUUUGUUCGUCCAGACACGGCCUUGGAUGUAGAAGCCAAAAGUCGAUCGACGAGUGUGUAUUUACAGCACUAUAAGUUACCAAUGUUGCCACCAAUUCUUUCAGAUUAUUUAGGCUCACUUAGUCCUGGGGUGGAAAGACUUGCAUUUUCUAUCGUCUGGGAUAUCAAUGUUGAGGGAGAGGUUAUAGACCGUUGGAUAGGUCGUACCAUUAUACAAUCGUGUUGUAAACUCUCAUAUGAACAUACUCAAGACAUUAUCGAUGGCACUAUAAAUGUUGACGGUCUCCAAUUGUAUGGCCAUUUCAUAUCGUCAGAUGUGAUUAGUUCCGUUCAGAAACUUGCUGAGAUAUCUAAAGUUAUAAAAGAGAAAAGGUUUAAAGAUGGUGCAUUGUCUCUUGAAAGUCCCAAAGUGGUAUUCUCAUUUGAUAGAAAUGGCAUCCCAAAUGAUAUUUUUUUAUCCGGAAGAAAGAAAUCCAACUUUCUCGUGGAGGAAUUUAUGCUUUUGGCAAAUACCACAGUUGCAGAAGUGAUAACUAGGGCUUACCCUUCUAGUGCUUUAUUAAGGAGACACCCUGAACCUAAUUUAUCAAAACUUAGAGAUCUCGAGGCUUUUUGCAGUAAACACGGCUUAGAAAUAGACACUUCUACUUCUGGUCUGUUUCACCAGUCUUUGGAAAGCAUAAGGCAUCAGUUGAAGAAUGAUUCUGUUUUUUUCCAUAUUCUUAUGAAUUAUGCUACAAGGCCAAUGCAAUUGGCAACAUAUUUUAGUAGUGGAGAUGUGGUAGAUGAGGGUGAUGACUGGGGUCAUUAUGCCUUGGCUGUUCCUCUUUACACCCAUUUUACUUCUCCACUAAGACGCUAUCCUGAUAUUAUUGUACAUCGAACAUUGGCUGCAACACUGGAAGUAGAAGAGAUGUUGAGCUUAAAGGGGAAUAAGUUAAAAAGAUUCUUCACGGGUUUAUCCUUUAACAAGGAAGUAGAAAUGUUCGAUGCUGAAAAGGUAUUGUCUGAUGCAGCAAGAAAAUAUGCAGUUCCUUGCACAGAAGUGCUUACCGAUCUUGCUGCUCAUUGCAAUGAAAGAAAACUGGCCUGUAGGCAUGUAAAGGAUGCUAUUGAUAAACUUUACAUGUGGCUGUUGCUAAGGAAUAAAGAGGUAAAGGUUUUUCUUUCGGAAGCCAGGGUAUUGGGCUUGGGACCAAGAUUCAUGUCCAUAUAUGUUAACAAACUAGCUAUUGAGCGUCGAAUAUACUAUGACGAAGUUGAGGGUCUUACUGCCGAAUGGCUUGAUGUGACGUCAACAUUGAUUCUAAGUUACAUUCCAAACCACCGCUCACAUAAAAAGGGAAACAAUAGUAGGCUCAAGGCAAUUGAAGAAGUUGCAAUGGUUAAAUUUCCGUACAACAUGGCAUCAGAACCGGGUUUAUCGAAAAAUUCUGACAUUGAGCCAGCGGUCUUUCCCCUUGUGUUAAACAUUCUUUCAACGAUUCCUGUCGCAGUUCAUCCUAUUGGUGGGGAUGACGGCCCAAUCGAUAUAGGGGCAAGAUUAUACAUGAGCUCAUAUUUUUGUUAGUUAUUUGUAUUCCAAGGUUAAACGCUUUUUACAAAGGUAGCUGUAGAUGGAUAUUAGUUCGUUGGAAGAUGUUGACCACAUAGAGAAAAGGGUUUAUUAUUUUGUUUGCUGGUAGCUGUUUGUUUUUAAAUAGCAGACUACUAUGCAGGUUUCAUGGUGGUGGUUGUGGUUGGUGUGACCAUGGGUUAAUAUUAUUGUAGGCCUGUUGCACCUGCUGCAAGAUGUGGUUAUAGCUAGAACCUGAUAUUACAUGAAGAAUGGCUGCCCAAACUUUUUUUCAACUUUGGGUGUCCUUGGCAUAGGUUGUAACCAGAGAUACGAUUAGUGCUUCCUUUUUGGCUAAUGUAACAGAUUGAAAUUAUAUAUCAACAAUGUUUGUUAAACAUAAUAAUCUGUUUGUUUUGCCUUUAUACGCAUAUGUCUGAAGAAUUAUUCAACUA